GAAAAGUAAAUAAUAUUAAAGAUAAUCAUUUAUUAAUUUAGAGCCUAGUCUAAAUUUUGUAACCUAGGCAAGGUUAAUAACAAGCAUUUCAAAGCUUUUUUUAAAAUUACAUAUUAUAUGUCGGACAGAUAUUCUGUAGAAAAUUACGUCUCAUAUAAAAACUUAAGUCUCAGUAUAUAAAUGAACUUUGGACUUUUAUUAAAUAGUUUCAGACUAGGAGUAAUGUCGACUAGGUUGUAAACAAACAAAAAUUUUACUUGGAAAGCUGAAUAGAAAUUAAAAUGUCACUUAAACUAUAUUAUAAUUUAAUGUCUCAACCAUCAAGAGCCUUGUAUAUAUUGCUUAAAACUGCAAAGUGCAAUUUUGAACCAAAAGUACUUAAUUUGACCAAAGGAGAACAUUUUUCAGAAGAAUAUACAGCAAUUAAUAGAUUUCAGAAAGUACCUGUAAUUGAUCAUGAUGGGUUUAUAUUGAGUGAAAGUGUGGCAAUCAUUAAAUAUUUAGCUCGAGAAAAUUUGAUACCAGAUAGUUUAUACCCAAAAGAAAGUAAAUUGCAAGCUCGCGUUGAUGAGUUCUUGGAAUGGCAACAUAUUGAAUUGAGACUUCACUGUGCUAUGUAUUUUAGAACAAAGUAUAUGAACCCAAUUUUGUUUGGUACAAAAUAUGAUGCAAAGACACUUGAGGGAUACACGCACAGGAUGGAGUCAGCAUUGGAGAAGUUUGAAACACAUUGGCUGAAUAAUGGAACUGAAUAUAUAGCUGGCAAUUCUAUCACAGUGGCAGAUCUGCUGGCAGCCUGUGAAAUAGAGCAACCAAGAAUGGCUGGCUACAAUCCGGCAGAUCAUUUUAAGGGUAUUUCUAAAUGGUCUAAGAAGGUUCAAGAGUAUUUCAACCCUCACUACGAUGAAGCGCAUGUUAUUUUGAAUAAAAUUGUUAAUAAACAAGCCAAAUCAGCAGCUAAGUUAUAGAACAUAAGAAUAAUUUUGACAUGUUUAUAAUUUUAUAAUAAUAAGAGAUUGAUUUAUUAUUGUUACAAGACAAGUAAUUUUAUAUUUAAAUAAUUUGCAUUUAAAUUUUUUUAAAUCAAAUGGCUCUUUUAAUAUACAAUUUGUGUUCAAAUUAUUGUAAAAAAAUAAAUAGUUCAGUAACCAAUUUUAAAACUGUGUGAAUAUUGUUGAUACUCGCAAUAAUUAUAUUUUCAGUACUUUUCUCCCCUCCGGGAUAACUUGUUAUCAUUGAUUUAUCAUAGAUUUAUUACAAUAAUUAUUUUUAGACUAAAGCACUAAGAAGCGAAAAAAGUGAGCACAUUUUGUUUGCAUCUUUUUUAUGAGUCUGAAAUUAAUCUUGCUUUUUAAGGGUUUUAAAGGAUUUAAUAAAAAAUAUAUUUGUGUAAUUUUAGUUAUAUUUUUCAAUCCUUUUUAUGAAAAAAAAAAAAAAAAAUAUUUUUUACUAACUG